UCCGCCGUCGUGCGUGCGGCUCGGCAGAGGGCCGGGCCUGCGCUCUCUCCGCCUUCCUCCCCACCUCCGGCUGCCGGCUCCACCGGUUUUGCAGCCCGGUACCCGGCGUGAUCGUCAACCCGUUGCACGAUGCCCCCGAAAAAGGGAGGAGAUGGAAUUAAACCACCCCCAAUCAUUGGAAGAUUUGGCACCUCACUGAAAAUUGGUAUUGUUGGAUUGCCAAAUGUUGGGAAGUCCACCUUCUUCAAUGUACUAACCAAUAGUCAAGCUUCCGCAGAGAACUUCCCCUUCUGCACGAUCGAUCCUAACGAGAGCAGGGUGCCUGUGCCAGAUGAGAGGUUUGACUUCCUCUGCCAGUAUCACAAGCCAGCAAGCAAGAUUCCUGCUUUCCUAAAUGUAGUGGAUAUUGCUGGCCUUGUGAAAGGAGCUCACAAUGGGCAGGGCCUGGGGAAUGCCUUUUUAUCUCAUAUUAGUGCCUGUGAUGGGAUCUUUCAUCUAACACGUGCUUUUGAAGAUGAUGAUAUCACGCAUGUUGAAGGAAGUGUAGAUCCCAUUCGAGAUAUAGAAAUAAUUCAUGAAGAGCUUCAGCUGAAAGAUGAGGAAAUGAUUGGGCCCAUUAUAGAUAAACUAGAGAAGGUGGCUGUGAGAGGAGGAGAUAAGAAACUAAAGCCUGAAUAUGAUAUAAUGUGCAAAGUCAAUCCUGGGUUAUAGAUCAAAGAAACCUGUACGCUUCUAUCAUGAUUGGAAAUGACAAGGAG